AUGGCUCUGUUAUUGUUUCUUAUUCCGAUCAGACGACCAUCGUCAGUGUUGACAUCACGACUGACCGCCAACGGUGGCGGUGGUGGCGGGCGAUUAUCGCGCUGUGAUUCCUCCACGCUCAACGUCUCUUCCCGUUCCGGUCAACGACAUCGUGAAGCCAUGUUAACAAUUCUGCCCGGAGUUCCACUACUGCUGGCUAGUUCUUCUGAUUCUGUUGCCCUCUUAGCUCAUCAAACGUUUUCGCUUUUAUAA